AUGGGACUGGAAGCACAGAAUCUGUUCAACACGCCUGAAGUUCAAGCAGAGCUCAAGCUAUUGCCUUUGUCCGCAGAUCUCGCAUGUAGUCCGCUGAUUUUACAAGCCCUGGCUGAAACUGCCAAUGAAGACACCCUGGAGACAGACACAGUACAUGCCGUUUUGUGGAGCGCUUGGAUUCAACACCGUUGGACGAGUCUGAUUGAUAUUCUCCUAAAUGGGGUGAAUGUGGUGUUGCUUUGCCUCUUGUCUUUGAUGUAUCAUGGCCUGGAGACGCGAGUCUCACCUAGCAACUUGAGCGCCGUUUUGGCGGUUCUCUAUGCCAAAGAGGUGAUUGAAUGGUUCUUGGCCUGUUUUCCAGAGUGCCUGUCUUCUGGCCUUAGCGUUGAUGUCGUCUGGGAUACGGUCUACUGUGGCAUUGGAUGGGUAGUCAUCAGCAGUCAUUUGGGUGUCCUGGACCUCAAUGAUGCAACCUUGAAGCCCUUCAUGGCCGUGUUCAGCUGUCUCGCUUGGCUCCGGAUGCUCUAUAGCCUCCGCGGGGAAGCCUGGCUGGGACCACGCUUCUUGCCCAUCGUUGCAGCGAUCAAGGACACCGCCGCCUUCUUUUUUUAUUACCACGAUCUGCGUCAUGGCCACGGCUCACGGGUACUACCAGAUCGCCCCACGUGCUGA